AGCUGCGCGCCAUAUUCGCCUCCCUAUUAGUUGAAUAGGAGAAAAUUAGCGUGCUGUUGUUUGCUGUGUUAUUUUGUGGGGGAUAGUCCUCCCUUGAGCCCUCCCCUGGUUGUCUUUUUGAUAGUGAAGCUGUAAUUUUGUAUAUUUGUGACAUAUUUGUCUUCUGCCUGCCAUGCCGUUCUUCUGUGUCCUUUUGACCUGCAAUAAUAGAGGGAAAACUGCCUAGAUUUUCGGCAAUCUGUGGCAUGUAGUCUGCUAUUUUUCCCCUAUUUUCUGCGACUCGAGGAUAAAACAUCCUAUUGCGAUAUAAAUAUGAGGCCAAAAACAAUGAGAAGGGGCAAGAAUGACGACAAUGAGGAGGCUGGUAAAAUGUUUGUUGGCGGCCUCAGCUGGGAAACCACACAGGACUCGAUGCUGGCCUACUUCAGCCAGUGGGGCGAGGUGGUCGACUGUGUCGUCAUGAAGAACAACGAGACGGGCCGGUCGCGUGGGUUUGGCUUCGUCACGUUCGCCGAGCCGGACAAUGUUCAGCGGGUGCUGGCGGCAGGACCGCACGAGCUAGACGGCCGAACGAUCGACCCGAAGGCGUGCAACCCGCGCUCGCUGCAGAACAAGCUCCGCCUGCGCAGUCAGACGUACCCGAAGGUGUUCCUGGGCGGCCUGCCUCCGAGUGUGACGGAGACCGACCUGCGGACGCUGUUCGGACAGUACGGCCACGUCAUGGAGGUGGUUAUUAUGUACGACCAGGAGAAGCGCAAGUCCAGAGGAUUUGGUUUUCUGUCGUUCGAGCUCGAGGACGCAGUGGAGAGGGUGUUAGCCAAACACUUCGUCACCAUAUGCGGCAAACAGGUGGAGGUGAAGCGGGCUGAACCGCGCGAGGCCAGUAAGCCAGUCGACGGACAGCCGAUGCAGAUGGCGCCGACAGACGGCUGGAGGCCGCCCCAGGACCCAGCCACCGCCCACUGGGGCAUGCCCGGCGUACCGCAGCAGCUGGCCGGCGGCGGCGGCGUGGCGCCGAUGCCGCCGGUGGUGCAGUGGGGCCAGCAGCAGCAGCCGUUCCCUCAGCAGGCGUUUGGGCCGCCGGCGCCCGGUCCGCCUCAGCCGGGCUACCCGGCCGGCUGGGCGCCCGCGCCGCCGCCGGCCGCCUACGCCGCCUACGGGCAGCCGCCGGCGCCGCCGCAGUACCAGCAGUUCCCGGCGCAGACGGCGGCGCCGCAGCAGUGGGCGCCGCAGCCACAGGGGCCGCCGCAGCCGCAACACCUGCCGCCGUCGGGCGGCCCGUCGCCCAUGCCCGGCGCCGACCCGUACGGGAGGAUGCUGGGCGGCGGCGGCCCGCCGAUGCCUCCGGCGCCCGUCAUGGCCGCCCAGAAGCCGGCCGAGUACGCCGGCUGGCAGCAGCAGUACGGUAUCAGCGCGGGCUACGCGCCGCCGCCGGCGGAGUACGGUGGACCGCGGCCGCCGCAGCACCAGGAGAUGGCGCCGCCAGCCGGCGCUCCGAUGCAAAACUACGGUCCCGGGUACGCGGCUGGUAUGCCCGGCGGCGACGUAGUCAACUACGGCGGGCAGCCGGCCGGGCCGCCGGGCCCGCAGCGCGGCGGCAAUUACAACCAGCCGGUGCAGACACAGCUCUACCAUCCGUACCGGCACAGCCCGUACGCCGCGCGCCGGUAGGACCGCCGACGGCCGGCGCUCGUGACGGCGCCACCUUCGAAUUCAACAUCAUUUGAUGGGAGUGUCAAAUGAUUUUGAAUUCGAUAGAAUGAUCGACUUUAUUGUCAGAAGUAGCGGGCUACUUCUGAUGCGCGGUUAGGUUUGGGUCGGCGUCUCGGCGCAGGGGCCCGAGCGGCCCUACGGCAGCGGCCCGCGGCUGAGGGUGCGAUCACUGGCCGCGCGGUCUGUUGGAGAUGCGAGUUAGGCGUGAGUGAAGCCGAGAGCGGCACGGAUGGAGUGCGAGUUGCAGCGAGUGAAUGAGUGACGGUGCGGUCUGGACUCGAGUACAAAGGUUAGCUGACCGCUAUUCCGGUGAUAUCUUAGCCACUCGACUGACCAAGAGCGCAGAGACCGACACUGGGUGCACGGCCAGCCGGCCGGGCACGUUUUAUACCGGACUCCGGCAACGACCGCAUGAUUUUCUACAGGUGUCAUCUCACUGCCACCGUUUUGGUUUUUCCACGCCGGCCGAAAAUGCCUGAAAUUUGUUGUCUGUCUUGUUGAUCGAAUUUACAUAUUGAGCUCUGUUUACGGCUUGCGGGAUAGUAUGUACGCGAAUGAAUGCUUGGCGGCGCCAGGGUUAGCGUUUUGUUUCACUGUACCCGGCUCAAGGUUAUUUUGUCGGAGCGAACCGAGCGCGGGAUGUGUGCGUGUGUGCGCGAGCACUGGGCAGCGUCAAACCGUUGAAUAAAGUCACACACAAUGCUGGAA